CGCUGGAGCGGCCGCCGCCGGGCACCGGGGAGCGCGGUGGGGAUCGCGGGCCCGGCGGCCUGGGCGCGGGCGGCAGGAUGCUGCUCUUUGUGGAGGAAGGGGUCUGGAGGAGGGAAAAUUUCCCUUUCUGGUGAAAGGGGGCUGGAGCAAUAUGCCAGUAAGCUUGUGAGUUCCCAGAGUCCUUGCCUGCUAGCUGCUCCCUCUGCUGCUGUUGUCGGAUGUCAAUAAAGAGAGGUUGAAGGCAACACUUCUAAUGGAGCAGGUGACAUCCAAGGGUGCUGGCUUGAACCCCAACGCAAAAGUGUGGCAAGAGGUACCCCAAGGGAGUGGUGAGGCUGUGCCACCCACAAAUGGCUCUGAGCACUCGUGGCAAGAAACGGCGGCUGCCCAAGGGGCUCAGACUGAGGGUAACAUAGAGAUUUCAGAGGAAAGCUGCAAGCAAUAUGAAGUGAUGUAUUCCCCAUCUUGUGAAGCCCCAAGAAAUGGCACAGGAGUUGACGAAGCAUCUGCAAAUGGGAUUGUCUUAGCAACUGAAGAUCUUGGAUACCAAAUCUAUGAAGUGUCUGGUGAAGGCAGCUCCACUGUGUCCACAGAAGACAUUAGAGAAUGUUUGAAAAAACAGCUUGAAUUCUGCUUCUCACGUGAGAAUCUUUCAAAGGAUCUCUACCUGAUGUCUCAAAUGGAUAGUGAUCAGUUCGUUCCAAUAUGGACAAUUGCCAACAUGGAAGGCAUUAAGAAGCUGACAACUGACAUGGACCUUAUUCUUGAAGUUUUGAGAUCUUCUCCUAUGGUACAAGUGGAUGAGAGAGGGGAGAAAGUCAGACCAAACCACAAACGUUGUAUUAUCAUUCUCCGUGAGAUCCCUGAAACAACACCUAUAGAGGAGGUUAAGGCUCUGUUUAAAAAUGAAAACUGCCCCAAAGUGAUAAGCUGUGAGUUUGCUCACAACAACAACUGGUACGUUACAUUCCAGUCGGAUACAGAUGCACAACAGGCAUUCAAAUAUUUAAGGGAAGAAGUGAAAACCUUUCAGGGCAAGCCAGUAAUGGCAAGGAUAAAAGCCAUCAACACAUUUUUUGCAAAGAAUGGUUACCGGGUAGUGGAUUCCAGUGUCUAUACUCAGCCAGUCCAAACACAAGCACAGUUUGCCUCCCCACUCUUUAUGCAGCCUGUAUAUAGUCCUCAGCAGUACUCUAUUUACAGCAUUGUGCCUCAAACGUGGUCUCCAAAUCCUGCACCUUACUUUGAAACACCACUGGCCCCCUUUCCUAAUGGUGGAUUUGUGAAUGGCUUUAACACACCAGGAUCAUAUAAAACAAAUGCUGCUUCUUUGAGUAUAGGUCGCCCAUUCCAUAGAAAUCGUGUGAAGCCUCACUUCCGAUCAUCUGCCAGCUCAGAACACUCUGUGGAGGGUCCAGCUGCCAUCAGUCCCCUGCCCAUGGGGGAGGGACCACUGAACAGAACCAACUCCAGGAAUUUUCUUAUGGAGCGACAUAACAGCACGUUAACUGGGCACCAAGACCAAGGUUAUUCCCAGAAGGAUUCUCCUACAGCACAGAUGGAGCAGAAUGGAGAUUAUGGCAUUGGCAGGGGCAGGAGGAAUGUUUUCAGAGGUCGGAGGAGACGAGAAGAUGAGCGAGUUUCAAGACCUCAGCCUUCAGCAGAAACAAAGACCCAGACACCAAAGUUUGACUUGCUAGCAUCAAAUUUCCCACCUUUGCCUGGCAGCACAGCAAAAAUACCAGGAGAGUCUGUGCUGGAGAGCAGGAUGUCUGAUAUUGUUAAAGGAGUCUGCAGAGAAAAGGAAAGCAAAGACUUGCUGCCCAGCUGUCCAGCUCCUGCUCAGGAAGAACAGACACCCAGCACUGUCCAACAGCCUGUGACAAGUGUGAGUUCACCAAGUCAGACUGAAGCUGUGGUGUUAAGCAGCACAGUUCAGCCAGACAGCAAACCAGAAGAGGUGUCUGCUCAGAAAGAUGUUACAAGCCAUGCUUCCCCGCCAGCAUCCGUCUCUCCUGUCAGUGCUGCAAAGCCACCAAGGACAAACACCACUUCACCCCCUGCUAAUGCAAGUGCAGCUCCUGCUUUGUCGCUGCAGGAGCCACGCAAGUUAAGUUACGCUGAAGUUUGCCAGAAACCCCCAAAGGAGCCUCCUCCCGUUCCUGUGCAGCCUCUUCGGGAGCAUCGCACCAACAUCGUUCCCCCUGCCAAAACUGAAGAAAACAUCCCAGCUGAGAAGGCUCCAGAGAAGGCUCAUGAAAAGGUUGAAGGUCGAAUGAAGGAUUAUUCUGGGUUCCGAGGCAAUGGGCCUCCCAGGGGAGCUGCUGGGAAAAUCAGGGAACAGAGGCGCCAGUUUGGACGCAGAUCAUCGCCUCAGGGAGCGCCUCGACGCGUCGGCAAGGAGCAGUACGUGCCACCCCGGUCACCAAAGUAACACUUGUCCAGCCAAUUAUUCUCUUUAUUUAAUUAGAGCUGUGGACUAAUGAGCAGCAAAAGAGACUGUGAGAAAGAAGUAUAUUCUUGAAGGGGAAUACUGAACUGGAGCAUGGCUUGUGUGGAGGAAUUGUGGAGGGUCCCAAAAUUCAUCUCUCAAAAGUGAUUUCGCAAAUGCUGGAGGAUUCCAAUCGAUAUAAAUAUAGAGAUUAUAAUUUUUGUAUUUUUGUUUUUAAUUUGCAGAGGGUUUCCUGCUUGGAAUCAGUUUUGGGGUUGUGAAACUAGCAUUUUGACAAAGUGAAAGAGUAUGAAUUGACAAAUUAACCUGUCCCUCAGUAUAGGAGGAAAAGGAUAAGAGAAUAUUAUUUUUGAAAAAUGAGCAUUUCUGUAAAAUUAGAACUUUUUUUAACCUAUUUAACAUUUGGCUUGUCGGAUGAUGUGUCAGCCAUUGAUGGCCUUGCACUGCAGAGCUCAUCUGCAGCUGAGGUGCUUGGUCAGUGUGUGAGUGGAAUGAGUGCAGCCAGAUACUGUUGUCACGACUUAGUCACUGAUGAUGAAAACUGAAUGUACUACUGUAGUAAACUUUGUGUUUCCAGCUUGAAGUGUAGUCUCUUGACCUUACUAAUGAUUCAUUCAGAGAGCUUUUUAAACUAAACUGAACUUUUGCAGGAUACUGGAUUGUAGAGCAUGUGGAGAGCAAAACUUGUCUUCUAAGAUGCAAGUAGAGGCAGACUGGAGCACGUCAGAAUUUUUUAAUUUGCUCUUUUUCUUUGCCUCCUUUCGAGGGCAACUUCUUAGCUUUUGUUUUUAGUCUUGCUUGUUACUUUCUCUAAACUCUUUAUCACAGACUUCUGUGCAUUUAUUUUGGUAUUUUUGCCUGAGGCAGGCCCAGUACUGGAUGGAUGAGUGUCUACACAGUACAUGAUGAUAGCUUGACAAGUAAAGAGCCUGGAAUUCCAGUGACAGAUGUGGAAUUCUGCCUUGCAGGUGGGAGCUCUGGGCAGGGAGUUCUGCCAUGGCCCACCAGGGCUACUGAAUGGCUAGCAAAUCAGAGACUUGGCUAGGUUUUCUGUAUCCUGACCUUUCUUUGUGUUCUGGAGUAGGGUGUCAGAUGCUGUAUAGUAGGAAUCAGGGUUUGUAUCUGCUGGGAACUCACUGUUUACAGCUGAUGUAGUAGCAACUGACUUUUUUUUUUAACUGUUUAAGUGGAACUAGAGGUAAAGAGUUAAAGCCCUCAUGUUCUGAGAAGUUACUUGAAAGGUAGCAUCUUGCCUAGCUGUAUGCUGACUAAAUUUGCAACACUAUGGUGUAGUAAGUGGUUAAGUUUAAAGGUGAUUACCAUAAUGAUUGAAAUAGGAAAAAUUCAGUGCAUUAAUCUGCCAAAAUCAGCAUGCCAGGGUUCAAAGUUCUGUAUAAAGUGGUAGGGAAAAGUAGCUUCCAGCAGUAAGAAUCACACCAUUUUUGGGUUUUAAUUUUAUUUUUUUUUUUUUUUAGUGAAUAGCAAGUGUACAAAUUUAAAGUUGUGAACACUGGAAAAUGCAAUUGUGAUAUAUACCAUAAACAUCUUAGUAAUAUAUGCUAGUGUUGCCAUUAGAAUGAAUGUAAGUGGAGGUUAAAAUAACUGUGAAAAUCUUCAUUUUCUGAUUUCUUAGCCAGAUAACCCAUGGCGACUUCUGACUCAGUAGGCAUUCUCUAUCAACUGCUUUGAGAACACUCAUAUCUAUUUUUAUAAAUAUAUAUAAAGCCAGAGUUGUCAUUUCUCUAACUUAUUAUUCAGCUUGGCAAUUGCUUUGAUUUGACUCAUAACAUGGUAUGAUGUAUUUAUGCAGUUAACUGUUCAUUUCUACGCAUGUUAUAUAUAUACAUAUAUAUAUAUAUAAAAAAAAAACAACACCAAAAUCAUUAUUCACUUUUUAACUACCUGUACUGGGUUUGGGAGGUUUUUUUUUUUUAAUUUGGUAAAAAAAAAGCAUUGAUCACAUCUACAGUUUAAGGAUGCUUACAGAAACCUUCUCCAUUUGUCUUGAUAAUGCUACGUUUGUUGGAAGGAUAGAGCAGUUAAGUAUUAAAGUUCUGAAAUGAAGUGGAUUCAAAGUUAACUGUUAAUAAUUGUAAAGGUUAUAAACAGUUACUGCAGUUAAACUGGGGGAAAAAAAAAUAUCUUUAUGAUAGUCACAGGUAUUUAGGGUAGAUGUGCACUGACCUUGCAAAGUUGAGGAAGUGUUGGGAUGCCAGGAGCUGCCGUGAGCUGUUUGCUGUUCAGAUGAAGAGUUUUUUGGGAAAAUGCUUGUGCAGAUGUUGCUCCUUGGCCUGGAGGUGAAGGCAGCUGUUGGUUCUGACCCACGCAGGCAUCUGUGUGCAGUGCAUAGAGUGACCUUGUAGUGCUGAAAAUGUUAACAGUUGUGAAAUGUAACUUCAUUUAUUAGAUGUGGAAAAAAACAAUAAUAAUAAUAAUAAUAACUGCAGUUCAAUUUUUUUCUUGUAAGGUGACUGGGAAAACUUGGUGGAAAGGAUGCUUUGUAUGUCCUGGGUGUGCAUUUUCCAGCAGCAGAUUAUGGCUCUUGUACAGUGUAUGCAAAUAAGUCUGUAAAACUGUUGGCUUUUUCCAGCAUAUUCAAACUUGUAUCAGAUUAGGGCGCUCAGAAUUAUUUAUUUAAUACCUCCAUGCAAGGAUUUAACUUUAGCAUUUCCCUUCUCCCUUUUCCCCCACUGCCAUUUAUAACUUGUGGGGUUUUGUGUUUUGUUUUUUUUUCCUUUUUUUUUCUUUUUUCUCUCUUUCCUUUCUUUUGUGUGUGUGUGUGUGGGGGGGGGAAAUAACCAAGUAUAAAUAUAAAGGCUGUGAAAAACCAUAGUUUUGUGUGCAAGUUCUCCUGCAGUACUUGUAUUGCAUGGCAAACCUAUAACUACCAGGCUAGCUGCUACAUUCUCAUCCCCGUGAUGGACUCAGGAUUGUGUCUCCACCCUCCCAGUUUGCUGGUCCUGACAGACUGGGGGAAACUGGGACAAAGCAAUCGUUGGGGAGCCAGCCUGCCUGCUGGUGUUGGCUCACUGAUCUCAUUUGAGUUGUGUUGUUUUAUCAGCAGAGGUGAAACUGUCCCUUGUUCAGUGUGCACUUGAAGUGACAAGUGAAGAGUUCUCCGUGGUUCCUUUUUGGGUAGCUCACCACAUGAUGUACAGACAGACUUCCCUACUCUGCUGAUAUUUGACACCAGAAGGUGCAACUCACUUGUAACUUUCAGUUUUAUGAACUGUGACUUGUUUUCAGAAUUGUUUUGUUUUCUUUUUGUUUGUUUCAUUUUAGUUUUUUUGUUAGCUACAGAAGUAUACUUCCCCAGUUAAGUUCUUUUCCAAAUUACUGUGCAUGGAAAAGAUUGGGCCACUCUCUUGUACUUCUGGGGAGUGAAAAGAGAAGUAAUUCUUUGCAUGAGUUAGUAAAAUUAAAAGUGCAAGAAGUUUUUUUCUUUUGAUUUCUAAAAUUAAGUUAGUUUAGUAGUAUCUUACAUUCCUGCUAUCUUGUUUUGUUUUGUUUUUUUUUUUUAAAUAAAAAAUGCCUGGCACAGUAUGAUGGUGCAGUUUUAGCAGUAGGUUAAAAAAAAAAAAAAAAAAGAAAAAAAAGAGUAACCCACUCUAUUAACCAGAAGAGAAAGAUGAUACUGUGGCAGAUCAGUAGCAAAUAAGUGACUUAAUCGAUGCUUUACUGUAGUUAAAUAGCUAUGGCCUUACUACUUUGUCAAUAUCAGCUUAAUUGUCUUGAAAAUGUCUGCUAUUUUUACUGUUACCCAAGUGACUGUUCACCUGGGGUAAAAUAUCUGGUAUGUACAGAUGAUAUUUUAAAUUUGUAAAAUGCACCAUUGUAUUACAGACGAUGCAACAGAAAUGCACUUCGGGGGGAAAUUGCUUCUGAUAAGUUUUUUUGUAAAUCCUUGAUUACUACAGAUAUGCAAUAGAAUUUUUGUUUCUAAUUUUGAUAUUUCCUUCUGAAACAUAAGAUUGUUGCCAUUAAUCUGAAUGAUUUAUCAUGGUCUUUGUGUGUAUAUAUUACAUAGAGUCUGAGCUUCCUUUAGGAUGGUACAUACUUUUGGUUUGUUGUAGCAUUUUAGUUGGCUCUUCUCUUAAGUGCCUUUAGUGUAGGCACUUCAAGAGGUUAAUUGAGUCUGUUUUUAAUGUACAGUUGGGAGGACUUGAAAUGGAGUUAAAGCAACUUAUUUCUGAAAAAAAAAAAAAUCCAUCUGCAAACUAACCUGUAACAACUUUAAAAUUUUAUAUUUAAGAACCAGAGGUUUAUUUUUAUGGAGCUUCAGUUAUGAAUACAGUUUCCAAAAA